AUGGCCUUCAUUCCCCAAGACGUCGCGGCCGGGGAGCCCGACCCGGAUGCCAAAAGCUUGUAUUUCCAUCCCAUCGCCGAAAAGCGACUAGAGGCCGCGGUCCGCCACUUCAUCGACCCAUCACGAAAGCUCAUAAAGCGAAUUACCGACGAGGAAAAGCACAAUCUGCGACCCCGAACCAAUAAACCGGCACCGUCUACCUGGCGCGAUACAGACGACAGUGAGGAUUACGUUCCCGCGGGAACGAGAUCGAAGCGGAAGCGCCAGGAGACAUCGACAUCGGACAACGAGACCGGCCGUGCGAAGAGACGAUUGAGAUCUGCUGGGUUGGAUCCUAAGGAACUUGUGAUGGCAGGUAAAGCUGCCAGCGAGGGAUUCAACGAUGCGAAGAUGGCGGCGGAUCACAAGGAAAUUGCGGACCAGGGCCAAGUUCCUGUCGACGCACCUCAGGACGUUGAUCCUCGGCCCGAUGAGGAGCGACUCGCGGCCAACAAGAGGGCUGACAGCGAGGAUCUUGUCGAUACAAACGCGGGUACUAUGGAAAUCGAUGCCACUGAGGGCGCUGCAGAAUCUGCUGCGUUAGAGCCGAAUGAACCAGCGACAAAAGAGGUAGUUUCUGAGCUGGACGUAGAGAAGAUGGAUGUCAAUGCUACAAGCCAGGGCCAGGGUUCUGCGGAUCAGUCUCAGGUUGAGGUCCGUCUACCAGGUGGCGAGGAAAGCUCGGGAGGGGAGCAGUUGCAGACUGAUGAUCAGGACUCUGACGAGGCUUCCAUGAAAAUCACCGUGAGCGCAGGAUUCAUGGCUGCCUUACGUCCGCUUGAAGAGGCCGACGACCUCAUGGAUGACCUCGAUAUAUUUUCUGCAGCCGACAAACUGCUGGCCGAGUUCACAGUACAGGCUGGGCUUGAUGGCCUGCAAAGUGACAGCGAAGCUGGUCGAAAGGUCGAGGAGUUGGAUGGAGACGAUGUCAAGACUAAGAAGCAUCCCAAAGACAGUGCCAUUGAAGGACGGUUAAAAGCGAACAAUCUCUCGGCUACGCCCGAAUCCCACGGAAAAGACGCGUCAGAGGAUGCUGAACAGGACGCGAGCGUGAAAGACUCCGCUGGCCAGCCGCAGGUUUAUGAGCCUGAAGUGCAGCCAUUAAAUGGUGGUGCUAAGAAGCCUGGCGAUGAUGGGAAUUCGAAUGGGAAACCUGACGAUACGAGCACAGUCCAAACACCUACAGAGGAAGCCACCGGACAGUCAAUUGACUCUCCGAGGGUCGCAGAGCCUGGUGGAGAGAGCUCGAAUGUAGCAGAUACUCCAAACACUGUCAAGGCUCUUCAGAACACCGGGUUGGAAGUCACCAACACGGCUCUCGCGAGUGCCAGUGGGGCGGACGCAGAACAGUCGACAAAGAAGACUGAGACGGUCCAACUGAACACUACAACCGUAUCUUCUGCAUCGUGCUCAUGGUGCAAAGACUUUGCGUACGGCCUCGUGGGCUUCGAUAGUGGCCAAGAAGGGCAGAUGUGCGAGACCUGCGCAAAGGAACGUGACACCAUCACGAAGUGCCCAGGUCAUCAGACCGCUCCUCUGGAGGACCUCUACCCGCAAACAUUCGACUUCAAAGCAGCAUACGACACCUUAAUCCCUGAUCCCGUCCUCGGCGAGCGGGUCGAAAGAAAUAAAUGGUGCAGUGUCUGCCCGACACCUGCGUUUUUCCGUUGCUCAACGCCGAUCCAAGAUGGAAAGUCUGCGAAGACAGUCUCCGGGUGCGGGCUCUUGCUAUGCGAGUCUUGCAAUAUUGUCAUUGAGGUGGUUAAGACUAUUUCUUUGGUAGCCGCCAAGAAUCUGGAGGACGAUCUUAUUGGAAAUCGAGCGGACUAUCCGCCCUGUUUGCUGCCUCGACUUCUUCCCACUGUGCUACCUAGAGCUGCCACGCGCGCGGCUCGCUUCACGACGUCUUCCACAAAGCGCCGCAAGGUAGCGGAGCCUCGCAGACCAGGAGCCCUCCCGGGUUUGUCGUCUGCCUCGCAGGCCGGAAGACGUCACGCAUCCUCUUCCUCUCGCUCACCGUCGAGACCUCGUGCUUCUCCCACCUCCGCCUCGAACCGCAGUCACACCUCCUCACCGUCCCCGCCGCCUCGCUAUAUCCCCGCCCAUCUGCAAGACGAAGUGUUGGGGACCCGACCCCAAGCCAACACCGCUCGCUUACCGACCCCGGAUUCCCCCACGAGCACCGUCGACUAUCCUUCGGCUGCCUGUGCGGGCCUCAGCAUCGUUAGCGAUCCUGCGACCGAUAUGUCAGGCUCGGAAAAGAGAGAUGACAGCGUCCCGCCGACCGGGCGCGAAGCCUCGCCAAGUGCGAAGCGGGCUGCGCCCGAGGCUGAGCAGGAUGUCGAAAUGAGCGUCGACCGAGAAACGCAAUCGCGUUCCGACAACCCCGACCAGAUGGACACGACGGGCUCUGAUGAAUCUACCGGAAACGAUGGAAACUCGCCGUCCGACAACGCCUACCAAACGCCGUCCAGCAUGUCGACCUACACUGCGCCCGUUGCCGAAACGCAAGAGAACACCAAGACCGAAGCCUCUGUAUCGCCUGACGAGCGCCCCUCUUACGAUGACCAGGUCGCCCAGGUAACGCGCUUCAUGAUGCUGCCGCUGCAGGAAGACCAGAAGGGAUUUGUGGUUUCGAUGACCUGGAUGAAGCGUGUUCUUGCACGGAGUUCCACCCACGCAGACAAGAUAGACAAGACUGCCACGGAGGGCGAGAUUGGUCCAGUCGACAACUCGGAUCUUGUACUUGUUACUGACCCCGUCAACACGGGGCUCAAGGAUGAGCGCGGCGAGCCGUUCAUCCCCUUGCGUCCGGGACUGACGUAUCAAGAAGACUAUGAAGUUGUGCCUCAGGAAGGCUGGGAUCUCAUUAUGGAGUGGUACGGCCUUGCAGAGCAGUCGCCAGCGAUCGUUCGCUAUGUCCACAACACCAGCCCGUUCGGCGCUCUGGAGGAGAACCUCCAAUACGAAAUCAACCCCCCGGUCUACACUGUCCUGAAACUCGCCAACCCACAGUCGGGAACUACUCCGGAGACCUUGCGAGACAAAGCGAAGUUGCCCGUCAAGACUUUGGCCAGCCGGCACGACAAUUUUCAGAACUGGCUACGGAAGACAAAACAGUCGGUCAGCAUUGAUACUUCGCAGAAGGUUCGUGUUUGGAGAGUCUUGGGUGGCCUGGGCAGUGCCGCUGCGUCGGCCAACGUCACCCCAGCUGUGUCUCGCAGCGCAUCCCCAGCCCCUUUCUCUCCCCUUGUUUCCAACGCAGGCAGCAGUUAUGUCCUUGACCUGAAUACAUUCCUCUCCCUUUCAGAAGGGACCCAAAGAGAGCUACUGGAUGUUCAAGAUCAGACAGGCAAUUCCAACUAUAAUGGUAAGAGGACGCUCGACGACGCAGGCCUAGGCGAACCGAGCGUCAUCGUUCUCGAAGAGAGCGUGCCUGUCUCCGGUAGCAAGCCGCAAUGGGUAUCCGAACUGUCCCAGCAAGCUAUGAACCGCCUCGGCGUGCCGUCCGGUAAUACAAAGCCAAGCAAGCUGAAGAAUAAGAGCCCGGCAACCAGCGGACGCUCGUCUCCGGCACCAGAGCCCAUUCGGAAGACCCGUAAAGACGGCAAGCCCCGCGGCAACACCGGUCUCAGCAACUUGGGUAAUACCUGCUACAUGAACUCGGCUCUGCAGUGUGUCCGUAGCGUAGAAGAGCUGACUUAUUACUUCCUCAACGAUGUGUAUAAGAAGGAUCUCAACCCCAGCAAUCCUCUAGCUCACAACGGCGAGGUUGCCAAGGCGUACGCGAACUUGCUGCGAAACAUCUACGAUGAAGCCGGCCCGGGGUCCUUUGCGCCGAGACAGCUAAAGAACACCAUCGGCCGGUAUGGUCCGGCGUUCUCCGGCUACGGCCAACAGGACUCGCAGGAGUUCCUUUUGUUUCUGCUUGACGGACUGCAGGAGGACUUGAACAGGAUCCAGAAGAAGCCGUAUAUUGAGAAGCCCGAUUCCACGGAUGAGAUGGUCCACAACAAGCAAGCGCUCAACGAGUUCGCCGACAAGUGUUGGGACAUUUACAAGGCGCGCAACGAUUCGGUCGUGACUGAUCUGUUCGCCGGUAUGUACAAAUCGACACUUGUCUGCCCGGAAUGCGACAAAGUUAGUAUCAUUUUCGAUCCCUUCAACAACCUCACGCUCCAGCUGCCUAUUGAGAAUCUGUGGAGCAAGAGUAUCUUCUACUUCCCCCUCCACCAGAAACCGAUCAUAAUCGACGUCGAAAUCGAUAAGAACUCCAGCAUCAAGGCGCUGAAGGAGCUGAUCGCCAAAAAGGUGGACUCUGAACCGGAGCGAAUGAUUGUGUCGGAGAUCUACAAAUGUAAAUUCUUCAGGAUGUUCGACAAUACCGGCUCGAUCGCUGAUUGGAACAUUGGUGAAAACGAUGAUAUCGGCAUCUUCGAGCUGGAGUCGGUGCCAACGAAUUACAACCCCGACAAGCCAACCAAUCGUGGCUACUUCUCCCGUGCGAGCUACGAAGAGUUAUAUACCUUGGACUCGCCCAAGGCUGACCGGAUGGUCAUCCCCAUUUUCAACCGCCAUGACGACAAGAGAGGAUUCCGCACCUCGCGUCAGUUCUUCGGCGUGCCUCUGUAUGUCGUCAUUAACCGGGAGGAGUUGACGGAUUACGACGCCAUUCUGCGCAAGAUCCUCGCUGAAGUUGCCACAAUGACGACGAGGGACUUCCUCAACGAGCAGACUCCGGAUGAGCAGCGAGAUGCUGCAGAAGAUUCAGACACUGUUAUCAUGAAUGAAGACGACGCAGAGUCUGGCGACUCCAAGAUCAAGACGGCGUCUGUUGAUGGCGAGGAAGGCAUGGUGGAUGUUUCCAUGCGUGAUGCCGCCGACCAAACAGACGCUGAAGAGUCUACUCCAGCCUUCGAGAGCUCGAUUCCCGCACGAUUCCAUAGUCUUUUUGACAUCAAGACUGCGCGAACGACCGAUGCCGUUCCUACUGGUCAUACGUCCAUAGAUGAGCACAAAGAAUAUAACUUGAUGAAGUCUCGGAUCCAGAAGCCCACCGUCACAACGGAGGCGGAGAAGGAUGAUGAAACCAAAGAAGAAGACGAAGAAUCAGACGACGAAAUUGACAUGCUGACUGAGCGUACGACCACGCCGAAGCCGAAACCUCAACGACCCCUGAUCAACCCUGGCGAAGCCAUCGUGCUGGACUGGGCGGAAGAGGCUUAUGAUGCACUAUUCACUGGUAACCUUAGAGAUCCCCAUGGCCCUCGAGGUGCAGCCACCUGGACAGAAAUCGAGCGCAUGCCGGACCAAGAGCUGCAAGCCAAACGCAAUCUGCGAAAACAGCGGAAGAAGAAGGGAGUCACUCUCGAUGAGUGUCUGGAUGAGUUCAACAAGGAGGAGGUUCUCUCGGAGAAUGACGCCUGGUACUGCCCGCGGUGUAAAGAGCACCGACGUGCCAGCAAGAAGUUCGAGCUGUGGAAGACUCCAGAUAUCCUCGUCAUGCAUCUUAAGAGAUUCAGCGCUAGCCGUGGGUUCCGCGACAAGCUAGAUGUCAUGGUUGACUUCCCUGUCGAGGGUCUGGACCUGACCCACCGAGUGGAAGCCCCUGAAGAGGGAAAGAGCUACAUUUAUGACCUCUUCGCUGUGGACAACCACUAUGGCGGUCUCGGCGGAGGUCAUUACACGGCGUACGCGAAGAACUUUAUGACUGGCCAGUGGAACGAAUACAACGACUCAUCGGUUUCACGACCAAUCGAUCCCCAGAAUGCUGUCACAUCAUCAGCGUAUCUGCUCUUCUACCGCCGCCGCUCGGACCGUCCGCUCGGCGGCAAGAUCCUGGAGGAGAUCACCGAAUCAUCUACACGGCCAAGCAGUGACUCGGACUCGCAAGGCGAAUCGCGCGGGCCGUCUCCGUCGGGGGAAGGCCGGCGUCUCGGCGGCUCCUCCCGCAAUGGGUCGUCGAGCGCCUUAGCCGGAGUCGGAGCAGCUCACCAGUUGGGAGAUGGUGGUUUGCGAAUCGGAGCGCGGAAGAACAAUGACGAGGAGCCGAACCCGCCGGAGUACUCGAACAGCCCGUCGUACGGUGAGCGCAGCCUCGGCGGAACAGGUAUGGACAUCAACACCAUGAACUAUGAGGACGACGAGUAUGGAAGUGGUGCCGGAGCCGGAAUUGGAACCCUGGGCAACAACCCGUUUCACCUCUCCAACCCCUCGCCCUCCUGGUCGUUCAGUCGAGUCACGACGGAUGCUCAUCAUUCCCUUUCACAGAUGACAGAGCUCCCGGGGAUGGGAUUUGACAACGACCACGACGACCUCCUCGGCGACGACGACAACGACAGCAACAAGGCCGUUGGCGGCGGCGACAUUAGCGAUUCCGAUAUCCGCAUGGCUUCCCUAGCUGAUAGUCCGUUCCAGGGCCCGGUAUACCCGAGCACCCCGCUAGACGAGAACGCUCCGACGCUUACCACGGAAUUCCCUCAACCGGACGCGGACGACGACGACGAGCUCCCUGUGGUGGAAUUGCAUGUCGGUGACGAGGAGCGACUCGACUGA